AUGAAGCCGGAAAAUGCGGUGCUGUAUCAAAAGAAUUAUCAAGAAAUAACAGAUCUCACCUUGACUGUAGCCGAUAAUCAAAAUACUAACGAGAGUAAUUUAUUUGCAACCGAGGGCAUACUUAACUAUGCUACGUUACCUUCGAGAGAACUUUUCUAUUCAUUGUUAGAAUUUGGAACCGGUUGUCAUCAAAUCUUGAAUUAUUGUGUUGAAGAGUUGUAUUGGUUCGAUUAUAACUCAUCCUUAUCAUUUAAGCUGUUUUAA